AUGGAAGCAGAAACUGUGGAAGGGACACAAGUUGGAGCUGCUGCUGUUUGGGAUUCCAAGAGACAUGACGAGGAUAGAGUACACUUGCGGAACGGCAGCGCGACCAGCGAUGGAAUCGCAGCCCAAGCAUCCGAGGCGCGAAAGCGUCAGCACUACGCUCGUCCGGGACACGUGUCCUUUGACGAAGGCAGCUAUAAACUUACCACCUUAGCCGUGGAAAGCUUUGGCCGCCUUGGAGAGGAGGGUUACGAGUUCAUCGAUGAACUUGCGACACAUGCCGUGGGAGGAAGGGACGGAGGAACGAUGGCUCUGAAAGGAGUCUUCAAGGAACGACUUCUUCAGAUCGUUUCGGUGGCUACACAGGUGGCCAUAUCUCGGCGAGUGCAGAGGUACAAGCUCGCAUUGCGCGGGCGUCAAGACGCCGAAAACAGGCGAACAAGAUCGACCUCGGACCAGUCAACGCCAAUGAUAUGGGGAUGGAGUGUAGACGCAUCGUAGAACGCGUUUUCGUUUGAAGUUGGCGUCUUGUUUGAGAGUAGAUGUGACAGAUUUGCGUAGAAUAGGGUAAGAUGUUAUCAUGAACGGAGA